CACAUGUCUAGUCUUCUCGCUCUUCAAUAUGCCGUCUCGACGGCCUCGAUCUAUUCCAGCCACACUCAACAGCUUGGUACCGUUGAUCAUGUGGUUGUCAUCGCGGCGAGCCACACAAACCCCUCUAGCUUCAACUUGAAAACAAAGGGAGCCUUCGUCCUCCCAAAAACUUGCUGUCAGUCGAAUUUUGACCCCUGGAGGAGCCACCUCAUCUGUGCGAUCGGAGGUAACCGGCAGGUAGUUCUGUGA